AAUGAUAGGUUUUGAAAAAGACUUUUCAUGUCAUUCCCAUUUAGGUCCGAUUCGGAUCCCUCUGUUGUUUUCCUUUCCUCCCGAACCUUUUCCUCGAAAUGAGAAAGAAUCUGGAAAACUCGAAUUGUAUUAUUUAAGUGCUUAUUGCUUGCCAAAGAUCCUACUUCUACAAUUGGUAGGUCACCGGGUUAUUCAAAUAAGUCGUGUUUUCCGUAGUUUUCCCAUGUUAAAACUUCCGUACCAAUUCGAUCGAUCCGGAAUGGAUCGGUUAAACAUUCUAUUAGGGAGCCCGGCCUUGACUCUUCUGUGUGGUAUUCAUUCUCGUUUGGCUCUUGGAAUCACAUCCAGCAGUACUUGGAACAGCUCGCAAAAUCCAAGCACUUCACCUACUUCAUUGCCCCCAACCGUUUCCCGUACCUCUAUUGAAACAGAAUGGUUUCAUGUUCUUUCAUCGAUUGGUUAUUUCUCUCCGUUCGUAUCUCUUUAUCCAAUUUCAGUCUCGAUUAGUUCACAAGAUUGAAUGGCGGCACAACCUAACGAUAGAUCCAAUACACCAAUGAUCUGUGCCUAGAAUGCCUUGCUAGAUCUCUGCUCUAGAAAGCUAUACAGGCAACAACAAAUGCGGUUUGACCGGAGGCUUCCCUUUCAUUACUUCUUUCACGACGAGGGAACCGCGUCCGCAUCAGUCAAGGACGAACGAGUGGGUCCGCCUGGUCCUUAAGGCAAGGAUAAGAGGCGCGAAUCAAUGUAUUGGAUGAAAUAUGGUUUGAAAAUAAAAACAUAAAAAAAAUGGUGUUAGUGAUCAGUCGGAUGCGGGUAGGAGCAAUCUCAACAGACGGAAUAGUAUAGUAUAAAAUUUAGGAACAUCAUGUAUAGUUCUAGCCUCCAUCUCGUGCGUGCAAUCAUAAAAAAACAAACUUUCCACGGAAGCACACUGGUCAAAAAUAACGUUUUAGAAAAAAAAAGACCGGUCGGAUCUGAGGCCAGUUGAAAAGCAGAAGCAAGUCCCAUUUCAUUUUGCAUUUCAUUUUGUUAGUUAUGUUUGGAAAGAGGGGAGUUGGCUGAUAAAGAUGGACAGUAACGAUUGCGUAAUAUCAAUUUUUCGGCCUCGUCAUCGAAAGCGGCUUCCAAUUGCUCGGAAAUUAUCAGCUAUAUGGGGGACUUGGAUGGUGAGCAAAAACAAUUGAUCAAGAAGUUGGUAAACUUUCGCAUGAUCGAUGGUAAAAGAACGAGAGUUCGUGCUAUUGUUUAUAAAACAGUUCAUCGCCCAGCUCGAACUGAACGCGAUGUAAUAAAACUUAUGGUUGACGCCGUAGAAAAUAUAAAGCCCAUAUGCGAAGUGGUAAAAGUAGGAGUCGCAGGUACUAUUUAUGAUGUCCCUGGGAUUGUUGCCAGGGAUCGUCAACAAACCUUAGCUAUUCGUUGGAUCCUUGGAGCAGCUUUCAAACGACGUAUAAGCUACAGGAUAAGCUUAGAGAAAUGUUCAUUUGCUGAGAUACUGGAUGCUUACCGAAAGAGGGGAAUUGCACGUAAGAGAAGGGAGAAUCUUCAUGGACUGGCUUCCACCAAUCGAAGUUUCGCGCAUUUCAGAUGGUGGUAAAGUGAUACCACAUAAGGAGCUCUUCCUCAUUCAGUCAUAUUCUUAAGUAAGAAAUGUUUGACCCUUUUCCUUUUUUCUUCUUCAUAUAGAAAGAAAGUCGGCCUUCCUCAUACUCCCCCCUUCAUUCAUUGAGUUGGAGGAAUCCACAGGAGGCCCGCCCGUUAUGCAUUGCAUAAAAGA